AUGGAUCCAUGGUUCGGCGCUCAAGACAUCCUCCGCUGUGACCUAUGCAGGACUGAUUUUGUCCAGAGCCGUUGUGAAGUCUGUCAAAUUAAACUUUGCAAGGCUUGUGUUGGGGAACAUCUCUCUGAUUCAACCAAAAAUCAUAGAGUUGUUCCAUACAAAGCAAAGGGUCCAGAUCCUAACUAUCCAGAAUGCCCAAAUCAUGCUCCAAAACUUUGUGAACUUUACUGCGAGGAAUGUGACACUCCUGUCUGUUCUACCUGCAUCUCCUCUGGAAAGCAUCAAGGACAUAAAAUUUCAGAUGUUCUACAAAAUCUCAUGAUCAACUCCGAAACAAAACAACUGGAGAAAAAUCUGAGAGAACUUGACGAAAAGAUUUGUCCACAAUAUGAAGAAAUUUUCUCAGAGUUAAAUUGUGAGAUAGCCAACAUAGCAGCCCACUAUGAGAAGCUGACAUCAACUAUUACUGCUCAUGGAGAAGACUGGCUCAGAGAAAUUGAAACAAUUAUGAAGAAACUCAAAUCUGAAAUUGAUGACAUGAAAAAGAAACACCUGAGUGUCCUAACUAAGCAGGAAGAGGAUAUUACAAAGAAAAUUUCUGAAGUGAAAAAGAGCAUUGCUGAAAUGAAAAAGAUUCUAGAAAACAAAGACAGGUCCCUUAUUUCCUCAUACCAGUCCAGAAAUGCUGAAUUUAGAAGGUUUCCUCCAAAGCUAAAAGCUUUAUUACCCAGUUUUUCUGCUCAACCAGUUCACAAAGAUAUUGAUUGUCAACAAUUUGGUUCAUUGACAAAAUUAUCCAUGGAAACAGUGGAACAUAGCUUCAUCAUGGAUACCCAAGAAGCUGCGUCUUCUCAACUUGUAAAAUCUCCGCUUAAUUUACCAGAGCUCGUCAUCACCUUAGACGUUCUGGACAGACUACGUGGUGUUCUAUGUCUCAAUGAUGAAGAAAUCUGGACAUGUGGGCAGACAAAAUUCCUGAAACUCCACAACGUACCUCAGGGGGAAAAGGUGAAGUCAAUCAAAACAAAGUCAGAGGAAUGGCCAAAUGACAUAGCACUGACAAAGGAUAGAGAUCUAGUACCAUUUACGGUAUAUAUCGACUCAGAUAAACGUACUGUCAACGUUGUGAAGAAUAAAGAGAUACAGGAAGUGAUCACACUGCAGGAAUGGAAACCUAACAAUGUCUGCAGUACAUCCUCGGGAGACAUCCUGGUUACAAUGGACAAAGCUGAAACGAAACAAUCCAAAAUUGUCCGAUACUCUGGUUAUGUAGAGGUUCAAAAGAUUCAGUAUGAUGACAAGGGUAAAUCUUUGUUUUCUUCCUACUACCUCAAACACAUCUGUGAAAACAGAAACCUAGAUAUUUGUGUAGCCGAUCAUUUAGCUCGUACAUUGGUAGUAGUCAGUCAUGCUGGAAAGCUCCGAUUUAGAUACACUGGCCACCCGUCCAUAGCUUCAGGAGCAUUAACACCAUAUGGGAUAACGACAGACAGCCAGGGCCAAAUCCUGACAUCAGACUGCGACAGAAGUUACAUUCACAUCCUAGAUAAAGAUGGACUGUUCCUCCGUUACAUAAACAACUGCAAUCUUCAGAGCCCAUGGGGUUUAUGUGUGGAUUCCAGAGAUUAUCUUUUUGUGGCCGAGCUGAAAAGUGACGGUUUCACACCUAAACCGGACAGUAAAUCAGCCAAAACAGGAAGGGUGGUCAAUGGCGGGCAUGUUGACAAAGGCACAUUCAUGAAUACACCACCGCCUUCACAUUCGAACACUGCGCAGCCUGCAUGGGUAGAUCAACUCAUGAUUCGAAUCACCAAGACCUUGACACCAAGAUCUCCAAAAUCGAUAAAGUAA